AUGAAUAUGCAAUUGAACAUGAACAGUACCUCUAACAAAGCAGGGACUAUAACUCAUAAUCAAAACAAUGCGGGAACAAAUUAGAAUCCAAGCAAACUCGUGAAUAACUACAUGGGAAAUUCUUUCACUUAAAAUAAAAAAGUUUUUAACAAUACUGGACCCUAGUAGAAUUUGUCAACUCAGAAUGUUUCACAGCAAUAGCAUCCUCAACAUCACUAAUACGACGGAGGGGCCUAAAUGAAUAUGCCUGGAUAAAUGUAACAAAUUAGCUAUCCUUAAUAAAAGAACAAAGUUUUUGAGAUGCCAUUACAGCAGCAUGCCAUGAGCACUAAGAAUUCAUCAUAUUAGCAAUCUUUCUAAGGUGGAUCAAUCAAUAAUAACUUAUUCCAUCCUUAGGGCUAUAACACUUCAAAAGAAAUGAUUGUUCAUCAGUAAAACUUCAACAAUCAUAAUCAGUCUUAGUCCUAAAAUAAUAAUCAAUCCCAUAUGUAUAGCAUUUAGCAACCAGGAGAAGAUCUAAAGAAUAAGCAGAUUUAACAGUAGCAAUAGCAAUCACAAUAGUUUUUACAAGAAAAGGAGAAUGCCCAACAGAAUACUUUGAUGUAGUAAUAAAUACAGCAGACUUAGCCAUCUAAGAAAUUCUCACCAAAGAGCUGGACUAUUGAUGACUUUGAAAUCGGCAAACCACUUGGAAGGGGGAAAUUUGGACAUGUGUACCUUGCAAGGGAAAAGAAAUCCAAGUUUAUUGUAGCUUUAAAAGUGCUUUACAAGAAACAGCUGUAAAAGUCAAACGUUGAACAUCAAUUGAGAAGAGAAAUAGAAAUCUAAUCUCACUUGAGACACAAUAACAUUCUAAGAAUGUAUGGAUUCUUCUGGGAUGACAAAAAAAUCUAUCUUAUUCUAGAAUAUGCACCUGGAGGGGAGCUCUAUAAAGAUCUCAAAAAAUAAGAAAACGGCAGAUAUCCAGAAAGAGUAGCAGCUGAUUACAUAAGGCAAUUAUGUUAGGCUUUGAUCUAUCUACAUUCUAAGGACGUCAUUCACAGAGACAUUAAACCUGAAAAUUUACUUAAUUGCUUGGGAACAAUUAAGAUUGCAGACUUUGGAUGGUCAAUCCAUUCCCCAAACGAUAAGAGACAAACUCUUUGUGGAACUCUUGAUUAUCUUCCACCAGAAAUGGUAGUUGAAGCUCCUCAUGAUAAAAGAGUUGAUGUCUGGUCUCUCGGUAUCUUGUGUUAUGAGUUCUGUGUUGGCAAUCCACCCUUUGAAGCAGACAAUAACGAAAAGACUUAUGAAAGAAUCAAGAGUAUAGAUCUGAAAUUCCCUGAAUAUUUAUCACUAGAAGUUAGAGACCUUAUAAGCAGAAUAUUGUGUUUCAAUCCCAAGGAAAGAAUUACUCUUGAAUAGAUUGAAAAUCAUCCUUGGAUUCUCAAAUAUACCUCAUAGAAACUACAGCAAUAAUCAUGA